GGAGCCUGGGCUGAGGAGUUGUCGACAGCAGCAGCAGCUGAAAAGGAUCAGAGGUGAAUUAGAGUCCCAGAGGGAGGGAAGAAAGGUGCGGCCAUGGUAUUGGGUUUGAUGAGUGUAGUGUUGGAGCUGGUGACAAUGGUGAGCAGCUCCUGGACAGUGUUGCCCGCGGCUCUCGUCGUGGCCCUGGCCAGUUGGAUGUGGUGGAACAGAGGCAGGAGCCGGGAGGAGCCGGAGACCCCGGGCGCUGCUGUUGCUGUUGCUGCCGCCGGCAGUGCAGCCAAGGACAGGGGCGGCCACCCUGGGAUCGGCGCUGCAGUUAGAGCUGAUAUUGAAAGGAACAAUUUACUCGAGUUCAAAGAAAGAACAGAGUUAAAAGUUGGUGUGCAGUCAUCUUCAGUUAAACAGAAAUCUGUUGAUUCGGAGUCUAAAGACAUUUUGGACACUAUGGUCAGCGAUCAGAGAGAAAAUGACUUUGUUCCUGAACUAUCAAAGAAGCAAGAUUGGUCUGUUGCUGAACAGAUAAGUGACAAGAUGCAAAUUGAGCCCAUGGCUCAACCAACUAGUGGUGGGGAAAGUCCUGUCCAUAAUGCACACUUCACUGAGUAUAGCUUGGGUCAGGAAAAGAAACAUGUUUGUGAAAAACUGAAGCCAACUCUGAGUACUGAAGAGGUGUUCAACCAAUAUGACCAUGAAGAUAAAGCUUUGGAUCUUGCUUCAGCGGUUGAAGAGAAAUUUGGUGGUACUGAGAGUCUUCUCCUUAUUCAGACUAAUGAAGACAUCAGUGAGACUAAUGCUGAUAUGCUUAGUAACUUGAAUAUCAUUGAAACUAAAAUGGAAAAAGACAAAAGAAAAAGCAUUAAGUUGGUUUUUAAAGAUGAAUCGGAAAGAACAGCUGCAAGCUUGGAGUCUGAAAAUACACCCAAGAAAGUCGCUGCAGUCUCCCCUUUGCCUGUUAAUAAUGUUUCAGUGAAUUUUAAUGUUCACUAUGUUACCUGCUCAAAUUCUCAGAUCCUUGCAGUGACAGGCAGCCAUGAGUGCCUGGGACAGUGGGAGAAUUAUGUCCCAUUGAAACCGGACAAGGAUGGAUUCUGGUCUAAUUCUAUCCUGCUCCCAGUGAAUUUAAAAUUUGAAUGGAAAUAUGUGGUGGUGGAAAAUGGUAAGAUCUGGCGAUGGGAGGAAUGCCCGAAUAGAUGGCUGGAGACCAGCCAUGAAGAUAUGGAAAUGUAUCAAUGUUGGGGUUACCCCUGAAUCCCGCAACAGAAGUUACAGUUACAGCAGAAGGCAGCUGUGAUGCACUGAUUGAUAUUGCAGGACAGAGCUGAAGUUGAGCUUUGUUCAUUGAACCUUUCCCUUCCUCAAAUAAGGAAGACUAAUUCCUGCUGUUACUCAACUCUUCUCACAGGCUCAACUGGUUUAACAGGAGUCUGCUGUAUCUUCCCCGUUUAUUUCUGUACUUCAACUUUCAGAUUAGUAACUUGUCGGCAUUUUCACUGCUUGAAGUCCAGGCUGCUUUAUUGUAACCAUUUACUGCUUCCUGCAAGACUCUUAACUGUCAUCUCCUUUCUUUACCAGAGGACAGUUCCUGUAGUAACUUAGCUAGGGUAAUAAGCAUACAAUAUCCAGACAGUUAUUUGUUAAUAAUUAAUAUGUACAAGACCACAAGCCUAAUUUUUAAAUCUGUAUUGUCAGAAAUGAUUUGAAUUAAAGAUGAAUUUCAAUAAAUACUUUUGGAUGAAG